GUGGGGACCAGGGCUGCCCCAGCAGCUGGCUCUGAGCUGUGAUCUUCCACAUCUGACCCUGGGGUCCUGGAGAACCCUGAGCCAAGAACAAGUUCUCUUCUCCCCAAGACAACACGAAGUGGCAGGAAAGAAAUCAAGCCAGGAGCACCUCAAAGUCCAGCCUGGUGGUGACAGAUUCUAACAGAAGAGCACGGAGCUGGCAGCAAUGGGGCCUGGAGCUUCCGGAAAUGGGGUCAAGACCGUGACAGCUCCACGCUCAGCGCCCGGCGCGGGAGUCAGCCUGCAUGCCUAUGACAUCGGAGUCCUGGUUGUUUACUUUGCCUUCGUCAUCGGUGUGGGGGUCUGGUCGUCCAUUCGUGCGAGCCGAGGGACCCUGGGCGGCUACUUCCUGGCGGGGAAGUCCAUGAGCUGGUGGCCAAUCGGAGCAUCUCUGAUGUCCAGCAAUGUGGGCAGUGGCUUGUUCAUCGGCCUGGCUGGGACAGGGGCUGCUGGAGGCCUCGCUGUAGGAGGCUUCGAGUGGAAUGCAACCUGGCUGCUUCUGGCCCUCGGCUGGAUCUUCGUCCCCGUGUACAUCGCCGCUGGCGUGGUCACAAUGCCCCAGUACCUGAAGAAGCGAUUCGGGGGCCAGAGGAUCCAGGUGUACAUGUCUGUCCUGUCUCUCAUCCUUUAUAUCUUCACCAAAAUUUCAACUGACAUCUUCUCUGGAGCCCUCUUCAUCCAGAUGGCCUUGGGCUGGAACCUGUACCUCUCCACAGUGAUCCUGCUGGUGGUGACAGCCGUCUACACCAUCGCAGGGGGCCUCACAGCCGUGAUCUACACAGACGCUCUGCAGACGGUGGUCAUGGUGGGGGGAGCCCUGGUCCUCACAUUUCUGGGCUUUCGGGAGGUGGGCUGGUACCCAGGCCUGGAGCGGCGGUACAGGCAGGCCAUCCCCAAUGCCACAGUCCCCAACACCACCUGUCACCUCCCCCGGCCUGACGCCUUCCACAUGCUCCGGGACCCUGUGAGCGGGGACAUCCCUUGGCCAGGCCUCAUUUUCGGGCUCUCGGUGCUGGCCACCUGGUGCUGGUGCACGGACCAGGUCAUUGUGCAGAGGUCUCUCUCUGCCAAGAGUCUGUCUCAUGCCAAGGGAGGCUCCGUGCUGGGGGGCUACCUGAAGAUCCUGCCCAUGUUCUUCAUCGUCAUGCCCGGCAUGAUCAGCCGGGCCCUGUACCCAGAUGAGGUGGGCUGUGUUGACCCUGACGUCUGCCAGAGAAUCUGCGGGGCCCGCGUUGGAUGUUCCAACAUCGCGUACCCCAAGCUGGUCAUGGCACUCAUGCCUGUUGGUCUGCGGGGCCUGAUGAUCGCCGUGAUCAUGGCCGCCCUCAUGAGCUCACUCACCUCCAUCUUCAACAGCAGUGGCGCCCUGUUCGCCGUUGACGUGUGGCAGCGCUUCCGCAGGAAGGCGUCAGAGCAGGAGCUGAUGCUGGUGGGCAGAGUGUUUGUGGUGUUCCUCGUUGCCAUCAGCAUCCUCUGGAUCCCCAUCAUCCAAAGUUCCAGCAGCGGGCAGCUCUUCACCUACAUCCAGUCUGUCACCAGCUACCUGGCCCCGCCCAUCACUGCGCUCUUCCUGCUGGCCAUCUUCUGCAAAAGGGUCACAGAGCCUGGAGCCUUCUGGGGCCUCAUGUUUGGCCUGGCUGUGGGACUUCUGCGCAUGAUCCUGGAGUUCUCGUACCCAGCCCCAGCUUGUGGAGAGGCAGAUGGGAGGCCAGCCGUGCUGAAGGACAUGCACUACCUCUACUUCGCGCUCCUCCUCUGUGGGCUUACUGCCUUCGUCACCAUCACUGUCAGCCUCUGUACAGCCCCCAUCCCUGAGGCAAAGCUUGCUCGCCUGACAUGGUGGACCCGGCACUGUCCCCACGCUGAGCUGGAGGAGGAGGCCCGUGAAGGCACCGCAGGAAUAAGGGAGAUGCCAUCCGGGGAGUGCCCUGCAGCAGGCAGAGGGGCAGAGAACUCCAGCCAGGGCCAGGAGCAGCCUAGAGCCCCAUGCAGGUCCUGGGGAAAGUGGCUCUGGGGCUGGUUCUGUGGGCUCUCCAGUGCCCCAGAGCAAACCCUAAGCCCAGCAGAGGCAGCCGCACUCCAGCAGAAGCUGACCAGCAUCGAGGAGGAGCCACUCUGGAGAAGCGUCUGCAACGUUAAUGCUGUCCUCCUGCUGGCCAUCAACGUCUUCCUCUGGGGCUAUUUUGCAUAACUUCACAGACCUGGCUUCAGCGGAGACAGGUUAAACACAGCCUGCCAUCGAGAUAGGCUUUUCUCCCACCUUGCUGUCGAAGCUGGAGACCACAGAGGCUGGGACUGCAGGAGCCCCCGCAGAGCAGCUCACCCAGCGUGCACACUGGACGAGGGGAGAAAUGCCGGCCCAGAGAGAGCACGGGGUUUGCUCAGGGUCACACCGCAGGACUCAUGAACUGGGUCUCCUGACUCCAGCUCUCUUUCCAUCACACUGCUUUCCAUUCCCACCUCAAAAACACUGCUUCCCCCCUCUUGGCAAAUCUCUUCAGGAAUUUUACUGUAUUUUGAGGUGAAAAUGUGGGAGAUACAAGAAAAGCAGUGGCAAGAACAUUGCAGAAAUCUAAGUGCAUCUUUGCUCACCUGUAUCCCUUCCUUCCUCCUUCUUCUUGCCCUGUCUAUCCAGUUCCCAGCCCUAGGCAGCUAUUUCUGGCAGACAUCUACCCAGGAGGGACUUACCCUUCCAUUGGUGGCUUUGCAGGGGUGCCUGUCAGGCCCAAAGGAUGGAGGGACCAGGUGGAAAGGCACAAACGAUGCAGCUGGCAGGGAGCUCGGGGGCAGGGACUCUCGGCACCACUCACCUUCUGCCUCUCCCUACCUGCACACACACAUGUGUGCAGUCUCCAGGGCCUUGGGGAACUUAAAGCCUACUUAGGGAGACAUGACUUGUUGAAAAAAAGAGUCAGGACAGACUGCUCUGUGCUUAAGAGUAAGUGGAGGAGCCAGGGAAGCUGGGCCUGUGACCCUCACCCUUUGCCUGCUAGGCAUCCCCUGCCCUGGGAAGCUCCAUGACCCUGCUUGGGUCCCUCCUCCAAAAGCUGCUCAUGCCCACAACCGGGUCAAGGUCCCCGUGCUCUACACCUGUGGACCUGCUCCUGUGGCAGCGUGGGUCGCUGUGCGGUAAUGCUUGUUUCCCUCAUGAGAUCAGUACCCCAAGGGGCAAGGGCCAAGGACCACAUCCUGAGUGACUGUGCACCCAGAAAUUAACGGGUGUUCAAAGAUGUUAUAUUAGUAUUCUUUAGGGUCCUGGGCUCUGCACUGUGGCUGGCAGGUCAUGCACAAGGUGGGGGAAUUCUCCUUCAGUUGGUGGCAGAGUGAUGAUCUUACCACGGCCACCUGCAUCCCAGAGUAGAUAUGUCCCCAGCACCCCAGCACCUCAUGGUCCCCUGACUUCGCUUUCAAAGAAAGUGUCAGAGUGACAUAUCUAUAUAAUCAUUUCAUUGAUAUUCACCUCGUCCCCUAGACUGUAAGUUCCCCCCUGCCUCCCAGCACCUAAAAGGUUACCUGCUACAUCAUGAGUGCUAAAAAACAAGUAUUGCAUGAAUAAAUGAAAGAAUGAAUUAAUGAAAGAGUGAAAAAGGGUCCUUAGCAGAGGAAACCAAAAAUUCAAAACAGAGAUGGGAAAAAACAUGACAAACAGGAAACAAAAAAUAGUGUAAGAUGUCAGAAUUGGCAAGUCCACUGCUAGUCCACACUGGCUUCUUUGGGAAAGUAAGCAAAAGGAGCCCUUCCUUCUUGGCAUAUGUGAGUCCUCUUCAGGGCUCACAGGUGGCAGUCAGAGCCCAGUAUGUGUUCCUGCCCCUCCAUGCCCCUUGGCCAGGUGCAUUUGUGCAGGGCACCAGCUGUAUAUCCAUGAAUGGUAGCCCUGCUGUGCUGGGAGCAGCUAGGGAGGGGAGCAGAGGUCAGCUGGGGUGCAGUGGGGAGUUCCCUGCCAAACUUGGGACUUCUUAUCUCUUACCUGGAUCUCUGCAUCGUUUCUUGUCUAUAAUCUCUGUUCUCAAUUUCUCCUCUUCCAAUUCAGCCUAGGCACUAAAGUGAGGGUAACCUCUGUAAAAUGUAAAUCUUCCAUUUGCCUGUUUAAGAUUGUAUAGGAGACAGUGUUUCCUAGCCUGGCAUGAGGCCCUAUAAAAACUGGUAGAAAUACCCCCAGGGUUCAGUCCUUGGGCUCCCUUCUCUAUUCCAGCCAAAGAGAGGCUGUCCUAUGCAGUGGUUAAAAGCAGGCCCUUGGCAGGUUGACCUUCGGCAACCAAGCCUUGGCUCUGCCACUUGGUAACUACACGAUACUGAGAACAUUGCUUAACCUCUUUCUGCUUCCUUCCUACCAAAUGGAGAUGGUAACUGCAGCUGCUUCAUAGAAUUGCUGAGAGGAUUAAAUGAGUUUAUUCACAUAAAGUAUUUAAAGCAAUGCCUGGUGCAUAGUCAUUGUUAAACUCAAUGAACAUUAGCUAUUACUACUACUGUUAGUAGGUCAGCUGGGCACACAAGGAGGCAUGAUGUUACCUGGUCAUGUUAUUUUAGAGCCAGCAUAUAACCUGCUAUCAGAGCAAAAAUGAAGGGGCAAUCAUUUUUCCUGAGCAAUCAGGAAAGGACAUAAAAGAAAAGCACACACUGGAGCUGGCCUUUGGAGCAUGAAUAGGAGUUUUGAAGAAGUCAUACAAGGUAGAAGGGACAGCAUGUGCAAAGGUGGAAAGGUGUAAAAGUGCAUGGUGAGUCCCAAAAAACAGGGAUAAUAUUUACUCAUUUGCAAAUACCAGCCCUACGAUCACCUUUUGUUUCAGCCUCUCAUCUCUGAGGCAGAGCUGUGAGGUUUCCAGAGAGAUGUGGAAAAAUUCUUGGUCCCCUGAAUAGAACAGGCUGGAAGUGCAGGGGACUUAAAGUCCUGGGAACAGCCCCCAACCAGGACAAACAAGAGUUGGUGGAUGAGUACUGCCAGGUUCCUGCCCCCCCAGUGGGACAACUUUGGGCUUGUUCUAAACCACUCCAGAAGUUCUUGGGGGAAUGGAUCCCCAGUUGCCCCCAGAGUUAAUCUGUUCAUUAACACAUCCUGAAUUGCUGCCUUUCCUGCCCUGUCUGAUGUUUUCCCUAUGUCCCUGCUAGUAUUUCCUGGGAUUGACCCCCCUCCCCACCC